AUGGCCGGUUCGCAAUUGGAGAAGCGAGUCAAAUACAAGGAUCCUGGAACUCCUGGUGUCCUACGAAUAAUUCAAAGCUUUAACUGCAGACUCACAUCAAAAGGAAUGAGUCGUAUCUUUGAGUUUGAAAGACAUGCAUGCUUGCCGUGGUUUCAUCAUGAAACCAAGGAGAUUUGGUGUAGAAUGAUUGAUUUGGAAGGGAUCCAUGCGACUGCAGAACGGUCUGACUUCUGGGGAUUGUCCCUCGUGGCUGUAGACUGCAGCAUUGUCUAUCUGUCUCUCUAG